GCUUCCUAUAAAUACAGCGAGAGGCAGCCUGAGAUCACAGAACUGGUGCUGAUCCCGGGUUGGAGCGCAGCAGCUUGUGAAACGAGUGGAGUGGCCAAGCGAAUAGAGUUACUCACGAUCAAGCAAAGGAAAUAAAAAAAUACAAAUGAAAGAAGAAAGACUAAUCGCACCUCAUGCACGGGAUAUUAUCGCUUUUCUCCCUUUUUUUUAAAUGGUGACUGUCUUGCAAGAAAGUCGCUGAAUUGGCAGCGAGCGACGCAACACCUGUCUCCUGGUUUGUGCACUGUGCAGUAAAUGCGCAGCUACAUUUUAAAAAGACGCUGCAGGUUUUUUUAUGUACCGCACAUAUACUGUUUUGCAAAUUCACAUUGGCCAUUCACUGCUUUUUUUUAAAAUCUAUUUUAUAGAUUUUUUUUACUUUAAAUAGAUAUUUUUUUGGGGGGGGGGGGACCGCUUCUUCUUCUUGUUAUUAUUAUGAUUAAUUUUAAUGUAAUUUAUUUUAAGAUUUCGACGGCAGUACAGUUUCGUGCCGUUGGUCCGGAAUGUGGUUUUUAAUCUGAAGAUGUGCUGGGUCCGCUUCGUCGCGUCCUGCUCCUUUGCGCUUGUCUUGCUCGGGAACGCUGUGGCAGACUGCGCGCCUCAAACGUUAACCAUACAAAACGGGCUACAGGGCAAACAGCGCACAGAAGAGCCGUUGUCUCUAAAACACAACCAAAAACUUAUUGAAAUUACAUUAUCAGACCCCGCUGAUCCUCAUACUGCUAACCCCAAUCACAAAAGCCUUGUGUUGAAUUUUGACAGGGAUUCUGGACUGCCGGUGGAGGACCCAGGUACUGGACUGAAGGGACAGCCGAGGCUGGAGCAGCAUGAGUGGACACAGCCCUUUGUGAUCGCACGUGGCCAGAGGUCCAGUUUGCAUGACUUUUUAAAGAAUGGACACCCUCAGAGUCUGCGUUGUGGACUGGAAGCUGAAGGGAAGCAGCUCAUUCUAGACUUGGAGAAAAAUGAGAAUCUGCUCCCCAGCGCCCCCUCUGUCUUCUAUUACCUCCCUGAUGGCACGCUGGUGACUGAGGACAGUCAGCAUGUGACUCACUGUUACUAUCAUGGCACUGUGCAAGGCUUCUCUGAGUCCAGUGUGGCUGUCAGCACCUGCGAUGGACUGAGAGGUGUGGUCAUGCUGAGUGCUAACCAGAGCUACGUGGUGGAGCCGAUGGAAGCCAGGGAAGGAGAAGGGGCCCACCUCAUCUACAGAGCCCAGGGAGAGAUGUCCUUCAGUGGGGCGUGUGCAGUCUCUCACCACCCCAGCACGGUGCCUCCAAACCCAGCGCCAGAGCAGAAGACUCACCGGUGGAAAAGAGACAUCCUGACAGAAGUCAAAUACAUUGAACUGGUGCUUGUGGUCGACAACAAGGAGUUUGAAAGCUAUCAGAGGGACAGGAAUACCAUCACAAGCAGAAUGCUGGACCUGGCCAAUCAAGUGGACUGGUUCUAUCGCCCGCUCAAUGUGCGAGUGGCUCUGCUGGGCAUCGAGAUCUGGAGCGACAGAGACCACAUCCUCAUCGACAGCAACCCGACUGACACCCUGAACCGCUUCCUGGACUGGAGGAGUCGAGAGCUUUUACCACGAAUACGCCAUGACAACGCCCAGCUCAUUAUGGGCAGCUCUUUCGAUGGCACUACAGUCGGGAUGGCAUCUCAGUCUUCAAUGUGCUCUGCGGACCGGUCUGGGGGGGUCAGUGUGGACCACCUGGUGAGUAUCCUGGGCGUGGCCUCCACGGUCGCCCACGAACUGGGGCACAACCUGGGCAUGAGCCACGACACCGUGGAGCGGCACUGCCAGUGCAGGAAUGAGAAGCGGCUGGGAGGCUGCAUCAUGGAGCCGUCCACCGGGUUCAUGCCGGGCCAGUUGUUCUCGAGCUGCAGUGCGCAGGACCUGUCUGUCAGUCUGCUCAAUGGGGGGGGGAUGUGCCUGUUCAACGUGCCCGAGCCGGAGCGCCUGCUUGGGGGGCAGCGCUGCGGGAAUCUCUACGUGGAGAAGGGGGAGCAGUGCGACUGCGGGCUGGCCGAUGAGUGUAAAGACCCCUGCUGCAACGCCACCACCUGCAAACUGGUUCCAGGGGCCCAGUGUUCCUCUGACAGAGCCUGCUGUGAGAACUGCAAGCUCCGCCCUACUGGUGUAGUGUGCAGGGACCCCCUGGGUGAAUGCGAUUUGCCAGAGUACUGUAAUGGCCAAUCCCCCUUCUGCCCUCCUAACGUCUUCAUUCAGAACGGUCAUUCCUGCAGACAGGGGGCAGCGUACUGCUACAGAGGGGUCUGCAUGAGCUACGAUGUGCAGUGCCAGGUGCUGUGGGGAGCCAACUCCACCCAGGCCCCAGCAGUGUGUUUCACCUCUGUGAAUCAGCAGGGAAACAAGUAUGGGAACUGCGGCAAGCUUCCGAAUGGCACGUACAUCCCCUGCACCAAAGAAGAUGCUCAGUGCGGUAAGAUCCAGUGCCAGGGAGGGGGAGCUCGCCCCCUGCUGGGCUCCAAUGCUGAGAUCCUCACCACCACCGUCACCUACAACAGGUCAGAGUUCACCUGCAGAGGCACCUACUUCAACCUGGGCGAUGAUGUCACUGAUCCCGCCAUGGUCAUGCCAGGCACCGCGUGUGGAGUGGGCAAGGCCUGCGUGGGCGGGAGGUGUCGGGACGUGUCUGUGUUUGGAGUGUCCAAAUGCCUGAAGAAGUGCAAUGGGAACGGGGUUUGUAACAGCAAUGAGAACUGCCACUGUGAUGCGGGCUGGGCCCCUCCGGACUGUGGAGCCUCGGGGACAGGAGGCAGCUUGGACAGCGGCCCUGCCCAGGAGAGCAGCGACUUUAACCCCGUGCGCGUGGCUCUGCUUGUCAUUUUCCUCUUCGUCCUGCCGGUGGCGCUCUUGUGCCUGGGGCUGCUCUUUCACAGGCUAGAAGGAUUUCCGAGCUGCCUGGGGAGCAACGCCUUCAACAAGUGGAGUGCCCGUCAGCGCAGCAGUCUAGUGCUCCAGCCAAGCCACCGCCACCACGGAAACCACUUCCUUCUGACCCCCCUGCGCGCGCUCUAUCCGGGACCCCACUGCAACAAGGAGCCAACGCAACUUCAGUUCCUAUCUACAGACCACCCAUUGCUGUUGUGCCUUCAAGACGGGCCCCCCCACCACCGGUCUGAAGCUCACAACCCCACACCAGCACAGCUCCUCCCGCUCCCCCAGUAUAGCCAGUACAGACCAGUGACCGACUGGGCUGACCUGAACUAGACUCAAACACACACAGGAGCCCGCAGUACUGGAAUGGACGCAGCUGACCUCAAACACUGGACGCGAUCCAUUUCCAGAAGUGCUGACGAUCUUCUUUUAAAGGAGUUCGAACCAAGAUUUCAAAAUCCAGUUUUUUCGCAAACAUGAACACAGUGCCCUCUUUCUCUCUCUCUCUCUUUCUCUCUCUCUCUCUCUCGUUUUACUAACUGUUGGUUCUGUGCUUGUUCAUAAUGUUUAAUUCAGGAUAUGCAGAUAUUUCAAAGAAAACACAGUGGCUUUGCCCUCGUACCCCAUUUCCUGUGCUCUAGGUCAGUUUCCAUGCACGACAGACUUUGUGACCUACAGCACAGGGCUUGUCUCGAUACCAGGAAGCAACAGUGUGUGUCUGUGUUUUAUAUAUGUAUGUUUAUAGACGUUGCUUGGCCAUUUUAUUUGGAGCUGUACCCAAGACUGGAUUGAGCUACUGAUUACAGCCUUGACAUGGCAGAGACUCCACAAGGUGCUGGAAGGUGUCUCGAGAGAUCCAGUCAGACAUUAGUGCAGAGUGAUGCCAGUCGUUCAAGUUAAUCCCAAACGUUCUCAAUCAGAUCCAUUGUAGAUUCACUCUGAUGACUCUUGGAGCAUGCAUCUUUCCAAUUAGAUAUUUCCCGGUAGACUGUUUGCAAUUGUGCUGCUCCCACAGCUCUAUAGUGAUGCUGAGGUCACAUGCUCAACCUAAUCUCAAAUCCAGUGAGGUAAACAUAUCCAAUUAAAGUGACCAGGCAGGCUCUCUCUCUCUCUCUCUCUCUCUCUCUCUCUCUCUCUCUCUCUCUCUCUCAAAUAUCUGUUUAUUCCUGAAAGUAUACAAAUCAAGCAAAGACCUGUAACAUUUCCAUCACAUUGACACUGAUAAGGUUGCAUGAGCUAGUAAGAAACUAGUAUGGCAUGUUCAUACUCCUUUAAGAUAUAAAGCAAUAAUUCAUCCUUCCCUUGCUUUAACCACUACACCACACUGCACUGUAUUCUCACACCUUUAACCUUUCCACUGCCUGGCAUGUAGAAUGUUUGAGUUCCUGCUGUAAAAGCAGCACUUUUACAUCAGAAUAUUAAUAUCUUUGUUAAUGAUCUGGCCUUUGCAAAAUAUGUCUAUCAACUCGAACCGAAAAGCAGCUCCUGAACUCGCACCAGAGCACAAGUUUAGCAAAAAAUGUAAAGUAUUUCAGUAAUUGCAAUCAGAAGCACAGACUGAUCGUAGACAUCAGAAAAAGGCAAGGGGACAGAAAAAAAAAAUUGUAAGUUGAAGCAGCUGUGUAAAAAACUGUCAACCUUUAGAAGACUUCAGAACUUCAUGCAUAGAGCCCACUGUCAAAACUCUUAAAGGAAGUGAAGCUGCUGAAAGCAAAUAAGCAAAUAUUUCACUUAAGGGGUUCAAGCGAAUACAGUAAUCGCAUAAAUCUACCCUGCCCUGCUCUUCCAGUCACCAUAUAAGAGCAGGGCUUCUGAUUUUCGGUUUUAACUUAUAAAAGAAAAUUACUUUAUCCAAUAAACGCUGGGAAAACACCUGAAAUGGUUUUACUCAAUUCACACUGACUUCACCCCUUUCCCCAUGAAAAAAACUUUGUGCAGUGCUGCUGGGCAAUGGCCCUCCCUCCUGAUUUGUAUCUUGCAUUGAUUCGUUCUGAAGACUUAAACCCACACCAACUACUGAGUGGCAGCGAAUUCCUACAUUUCUAUUGGAGGAUUGCAACACCCUGGAGAGAUUUACAACGAGAUUACAAGAAAGGGGGGAUUGUUCUCACUCGCGAGAUUUAAAGCUAUAUUGCAGUUUGAUAGGGGGUAUUUACACCCUCCUGGAAUUUAAAACAGAAUUGCAAAAAGUAUAAGUACUUUCAGGUUGCUAUACAUCUGGUGUCUCCAGCCCUGGUCCUGGAGAGCCCCUGUCCAGCAGGUUUUCUAGGUGUUUUUACAUCAUCACUGGCUAAAGCUUGGGAACACCUGUCAAUCUGAACUAAUUAAGACAAUAAUUGGUUCAAUUAAGUAACUGAGCGCUGGGUUGAAAGAAAAGCAGCAGCCACAGUGGCUCUCCAGGACCAGGGUUCGAGACCCCCGCUAUACAUAUUGUGACAGCAAAAAGCAAAAGUAACUGAAAACGA